AUGCGUCUUGAUCAAAUGUCUCUGAUGGGCCUUGCGGUAUCCCAUACAGCACCGCCGUAUAGAUACGAACUGCUCGCGCUGCACAAAUCCAUUGCCAACAUCUCGUCCAUCUCAGGCAAUGAAGUCGCUGUGGGAGAGCAGCUCAUUUCAUACUUGACAGCUCACAGCUUCAACACUGCGCGGCAGACUGUUCCUCUCGAGGCUGGCAGCACGAACCCAUCUGAUCGGCGCUUCAAUGUGUUGGCGUGGUCCGGCGACGCCCAAGAGCUGAGUGCAAAGGUCCUCGUGUCGAGCCACAUUGACGUCGUGCCGCCCUUUAUUGAGUACUCCAUCGAACAUGAAGGCGACUCGAUUACCGAUCAAACCCUAAUCUCUGGCCGGGGAACGGUAGACGCAAAAGCAAGCGUUGCAGCAAUGAUUAUCGCAGUCGAAGAACUGGAGAAGCAGGCAUUGAUUGACAAGGGGGCAGUGGGCAUGGUGUUUGUUGUCGGCGAGGAAACAGGAGGAUACGGGAUGACAGAGUUCAACGAUUCAUUACCUCCGACAGAUAAAAGGCCCUUUGACGCCGUCAUUUUUGGCGAGCCUACCGAAAACAAGCUUGUCUGCGGCCACAAAGGCAGUCUUGCCUGCAACAUCACAGCUCACGGAAAGGCUGCGCACAGCGCAUACCCUGAGUAUGGGAAGAACGCAAACGAGAUGAUGGCCAGGGCUGUUGUUGAAAUCAGCAAGUCUGACCUGGGAAGCUCCGACCUCUACGGCAAUACAACGUUCAACACAGGUGUCUGGAGCGGCGGCUUGGCGGCGAAUAUUGUCCCUGACAAGGCGACUCUGAGGGUGCUUGCACGUGUAGCUAUUGGCACCCUCAUGGAUGGGCAUCUGCUGGUGAAGCAAACAUUACAGGAGAUUUUGGAUAGAAUCGACAAGGGAGGGUUUGAGCUUGACUGUCCGAAUGGGAGAGGGCCGGUUGAGUGCGAGUGCGAUGUCGACGGGUUCGAGCGUGAUGUUGUCAACUACGGAACAGAUAUACCUAGACUUGGUGGCAUCUACACCAAAUAUCUCUAUGGGCCAGGAAACAUCCGGGACUGCCAUGCGCCGCAAGAGGGGUUGACUGUCGGGGAGCUGGAAACGGCUGUCGAAGGCUACAAGCGAUUAAUUUUACAUGCGCUGGGAAACGUAGAGCCCUGA